AUGUUGGUUGCAUACACUGGCGGUGCGGAGCACUGGCUUGGCAAUCAGAGCACAUAUUUCCCUGCGAAUAUGGCUCGGGAUGCUCGCCUCCGCAAGAAGGGUAUUUGCCGCAUCGUCGCACGGUUGCGGCUCCCAUUUGGCUCAUACACCGGCUGCAGAUUUCGUAAACUCGAUCGCACAUCGUAA